CGCCUCUUGUCUCGGGUGGAGACGCCGCGCGCUCCCGCCUGGGGCUCCCCGUCGCUUUCUCAGCCCGCGCACGCACGCGCGCUCCCCCGGCUCAGCUCCCCCGGCGCGCCCCCGCUCUCCCCUUUGUGGCCCCGGGGCGCUCCCGGGGUGGGACUGGCCUGCGUCGAGCCCCGGCCCCUGCGAGCGGCCGCGCCGAGCGGGGGCUCUCGGGACGGCCCGUGCCCGGGGCCAGAAACUGUAAAGGGGAAUGUCUUACUGCCUCAAGUCAGAAAGCCUUUUGGAUACAGGCCCAAUAUAUGUGCGUGAAAAUGGGCACCUGUAUAUGGUAAAUCAGGGUUCUGGCACUGUAAAAAAUACCACUCCAAAACCAAGGCCUUUUAGACUAUUUUCCAAAGGAUUCUCUGUGGAGCUUUGUAUGAACAGAGAUGAUGACAGUGCAAGGAGAGAGAGAACAGAUCAUUUCAUCUUUACUUAUACUAAGGAGGGGAAUCUCCGGUACUCAGCCAAGUCUCUCUUCGGCCUAGUGUUGGGUUACAUUUCUGACAAUGUUGAUCAUAUUGAUUCGUUGAUUGGCUUUCCAGAGCAGAUUGCUGAAAAGCUUUUUUCUGCUGCAGAAGCAAGGCAAAAGUUCACAGAACCAGUUACAGGACUCAGAGCACUACAAAAAUUUACUGAGGCUUAUGGAAGUCUGGUGCUUUGUUCAUUAUGUUUACAGAAUAGAUAUCUGGUUAUUUCUGAAAAACUUGAAGAAAUUAAGUCUUUCAGGGAGCUGACCUGCUUGGAUCUUUCCUGUUGUAAACUUGGAGAUAACCAUGAAUUGCUAGAACAUAUCACCAAAGAAGCUCUGUCUAGUGUAACUCGGCUCCUCCUGAAGGAUAAUUGUUUGUCAGAUGCAGGCCUUCGCAAAAUGACAGCGCCAGUUCGAGUGAUGAAAAGGGGACUUGAAAAUCUUUCUGUAUUAGAUUUGUCUUGUAACCCUGAAAUCACUGAUACGGGAAUUGGGUACCUUUUUUCUUUCAAGAAGCUGAAUUAUUUGGAUAUUUCUGAAACAGGUCUCAAGGAUGUUAAGGCAGUCAUUCAGAGGCUUCAGACCCAAAUAAGCUUAGUUCAUUCAAAAGUGCCUCUGAAAGAAUUUGAUCAUAGUAACUGCAAAACAGAGGGAUGGGCAGAGCAGGGAAAUUACAACUGCAGGAAUUUCAUUGUCACAGAUUGGGAUGGAAAGCGACGCAGGAUAGAAGAACCAGUCAAGUGUACAUUGGUGCAGAUUAAAGCAAAAGCUUCUGAAAACUUGCAGUUCUAUAAGGAUAAAGUACAAAACUGCCAUUUCCCUUUAUUGAAAAAGGAGGCUGCAGCUAGCCACCAAUUAAAGAAAAAUAAAGAGAAAGGUUUAACUGAACAAGAGAGAGAACGAACUUCAAAGCAGAAGCACACGUGCCUGACCAUGGAAGAUUGGGACUUGUUGAAUACCUAUUGAUGUAGACAGAUUUCCCUUUUUUUCUGGUGGUAAAGUUGUUAGAAGUAUCAAUAUGAAUUUGUGUAUGGAGAAAGGAGACUGAUAUUUUUUAAAACAGCAGUGGCAUAGCAGCAAAUUAUAGCUACUCGUGUUGGGAGAGGGGAGUGCUAGACCCAAGAGGUGGAGUGAUGAUCAUUCUAAUGUAUAUUUUCUAUACAUAAUUUUUUCAAAUAAAUUUUGUUGUCACCCUUAACUAAUGCCUGUGACAUGCAUA